UUCCGAGAUGCCGUUAAGCUUCGUGGUCAUCCUCCGAGCGUCAGAAACAUUAAUACCACGCUUGCCCGCUUCUUAAAAGGCACCAGUUCAGCUUUACAUCAAACAACAAACGAAUCAACAUCGAUUCGACGACAUAUCAGGUACAUCAUCACUACGACUACACAAUCACAUCAUACAUCUCGGAAACAGUACCGCUCGGAUCACCUUCUUCCCAUUGGCUAGCACAUUAAGCCACAUAUACAUAUCAAAUAUGCCUUCCUCAUCACACCUCCGCCUUCAACACGAAUUCGAACCAUUCACUGCUGAGACUGUGGCAUCUCACUUCAUCCCGUCGCCGAUCCAGAAGAAGCAAAAGAUGUCUCUCACCCAAACCUACUACAUCGCCUCCUCUGCCCGCUCUAAGCUGGGCAAGGAAGCCUGCAGGGCCGACCAUGACCUUCGCCUUCUCGUCGGACACGCCAACCUCCUCGACAGCCUCAUGAUCGAACUUCAGGAUGCCGAGCGCCAGCAAGAAGCAUGGUUCAACCAGACCAUGGCCAAGGCCUCCAGGACUGAGGACCCUCGCCACAUCCAGUGGGCCGACAGCAUUGCAGAGGAAGAUGAGGACUCUGACUCCGACUCCGACUUUGAGUCUGAGUGCGAUGACGACUUCGACAUGAUCCCCAUGCCCCGCCGCAUUACACAGGCACCCAUCCAGAUCUCCACAAUGGAGGUUGAUGAGGACGAGGACGAGGAGGAUUACUACGAUGACAUGGAGGACGAUGCGGAGCUUACUCUGACUCGCGUGCCCUCGCAAGUCCAGUCACCACCCGAGCUUGUCUACGAGGAAGACUCCGAAGACGACUCACCACCCACAUCGCCGCCCACAGCUUCGCUCGCAUUCUCCGAGAAGGAGGCAAUGCUCACAACCACUUUUUACGCCAGCAAGACUCAAUCGAAAUACAUCGAUGACGACGAACCGCUAUUCAUGGACACAAAUGCGCCCCUCAUCUCAAGUUACUAGGCCACUUCGGUGACCUCCUGAUUUGUCUUUGCAUUUGAUCCAGCAUUUUAGCGAGCGAGUCCUUUCAGCGUAGCAUCUUCGAGCAUUAUACCUAUUUCCCUUUUACACACCGCGGCAAGACCGCGAUCAAUCAUGGACGGACGGACGGAACGAACUCUACUCAGUUCCAAGACGGAAUGUCGGGUUGGAAAAUUGAUCGCAAGGCGCGGUAGAGUUCUCCCCCACAUUGGCUGGUUGAGACCCCCCCUUCCAAUAGCUUCAUAUAUAUCAAUCAUGAUCAGUUAACCACAC